AUGAAGGCGGUCGUAUUCGGGCAGGGGCCCCGGGCUGGGCUGUCAGAGUACCUCUCGGACGUCAGGGAGCAGGGGCUGCUCCAGCGCUACUGGAUGGUAUGGCUUCCCGCGCAGUGCGUGACCUUCGGCCUUGUGCCUGAGCACCUGCGGAUCGCCUUCGUGGCGGCCAUUUCGUUCUUCUGGCUGAUGAUACUUACGCCACCUCGGCCGCCGGGGCUCGCGCGCGCCGCGGGCAGGGCGCCCCCGCUGGCGCCACCGAGGCGGAUCCGCCAGAGGCCGAGCGAGAAUCUAAGUGAACCUAGGCGAAUAUAG